AUGAAAGAUUUAGUGACAGAAGUGAACAGAAAGAGUGACAGAAUCAUGUGGAUCCGAUUAGGCCUUAAAGAUUUUUCGAUGAAUAUAUUUAGUGUGUAUGCACCACGAACAGGAGGCACAAAUGAAGAAAAAGGACAGUCCUGGGCGGCACUACAAGAAGAACUGGAGAAGGUUGAUGAAAGUGAAAGACGCAUAAUUAGAGGAGACAUGAAUGGUCAUGUUGGUAGCAGCAAUGAUGCCAUCGGUCGCAUAAAUGAAGGAUAUAUUUAUGGAAAUGGUGAUGAGGAUGGAGAGAAGGAAAAUAAUUUCCAACACACGUUCAAAGACCGAAUUCUAAAAGAGCUGAGCCACGAUAUGGUAGAUGUGAACACCUGGUGGAAUGAUGCAAACAGUAUUAUAUUAAGAACUGGAAAGGAAAUACUGGGUGAGAGUAGUGGAAAGGUUUGGGAAAAUAAGGAAAUUGGUGGUUUAAUGAAAAGUACAAAUGAAAAGAAAGGAGAUAUUCAGAGUUGUGAGAACUAUCAGGGUAUUAAGCUGAUGUCUCACACUUUGAAACUACUGGAAAGGAUUAUGGACUCGCGACUUAGACAAGUAGUGCGCAUUGGCCGACGGCAACUUGGUUUUAUGAAAGGGAUCGGAACAGUUGACGGUAUUUUCUCUCUCAGGCAAACCAUGGAGAAAUACCAGGAGAAGCAAAGAGUGCAGCAUAUGGUUUUCAUCGACUUAGAGAAAGCCUAUGAGCGAGUGCCAUGCCAAGAAGUCUGGAGAGGGUUACGAGAGCGAGGAGUACAAGAAAAAUAUGUAAGAAUGAUACAGGAAUGCUACAAGGACGUGACAACGAGAGUUAGGAGCACAGUGGGCAUGACGGAACUUCAAAGUAAAGGUCGGCUUACACCAGUGAUCGGCACUUAG